CGGGGCUUUGCGGCUGCCCAGUGGCUGGGAUGGGCGUGGAGCUGGGCGUGUCGCUUCUCGCGAGUGGGAACGGGGGUCACGUGGGACCGGGCCUCUGUCACUUUACGGCCCGUCGCGAGGGCCAUGGCGGCGCCCGUGUACCCGGCCUGGCUCGGGCGUUUGGCCGCCGGGCGGCGGAGGCGGGCUCCCGCCGUGCGUCCCGCCCGCCCCCUGGUGCUGGCCAACCAGGUGGCGAACCGCCGCCUGCGCCUGGGAGAGGCAACGUGUACUACAGAGAUGUCAUUACUGAUGGCUUGCUGGAAGCAGAAUGAGUUCAGCGAUGCAGCUUGUGCCAAGGAGAUCCAGACAUUCUAUGACUGUGUGGCAAAGACGGAUGUGGAGCACAAGAAAAGACUUAAACAGGAGUCCCUGGGCCAGAUGGGAAACUUAUCUCCAAAGACCGUGAACAAACUACUGAGAAGGUUCCCUAAUAUCACAGAUGAUUUUUAAAGGAAGACUUGCUUUUCCCAAGUAACUGGAGACCAGUAGCUGAAGCUGGUGUCAUCUUUGGAGAAGAAGUUAAAAGUAGCGAUCAGUGAGCAUUUGGGGCUGAUGGUGGCUGUCAGCAUUCCUCGGGGUUCUUGACUUGAACAUUUCUUUGGGGUGGGGUCACUUUCUCCAUUAGCGGAGAUUAUUCUAUGGGGGUCACAGGGUCUUGUGAUAACAGGAUGGAUGUUUGCUAAAUGUUAGUCAGUCAGCCAUAAUGUGGUCUUGGGUUUUGCUUCAUUGUGAAAUAAAGCCUUAUAAAGAAUGAAAUAAAUGAGUUGUUUUCACAACUAG